AUCGAUGAAUCAUUUGGUUCACAUACUUUUCCCAUCUAUAAAAUACCUUCCUGGAUCGGUCGCGGGAAAAAGGAAAACGCCCAUUCGAUGACGCGGAAAGAUUUUCGGUGGUGAAUCAAAAUUCUGAACGAGGUCGUCCGCAGUAACGAGAAAGCGGAAUGGCGUGUCUUGAUCGUCGACAAGCUGGCGAUGCGUAUAGUUUCGGCAUGCACCAAGAUGCACGAAAUCAGUGCGGAGGGUAUCACUCUGGUGGAAGACAUCAACAAGAAGCGUGAACCGCUGCCAUCGAUUGAAGCAGUUUAUCUGAUCACGCCCUCUGAAGACUCGAUCCGCCGUUUAAUGCGGGACUUUGAAAAACCCUCGAAGCCCACAUAUAAAGCCGCCCAUGUGUUCUUUACGGAAGCGGUUCCUGAUGAAUUGUUUGAUAUCCUGAGCAAGGGUCCCGUGGUCAAGUUUAUGAAAGCUUGUAAAGAGUUGAAUCUAGCUUUCAUUGCCUAUGAAUCACAGGUCUUUACACUAGACUCGCCGGAUACUUUCCGGUAUGCUUACUCACCAGCGCGCGCACCGGAACGUAGUGGCCACAUGGAACGUAUCGCCGAACAGAUCGCGACUCUGUGUGCUAAUUUGGGUGAAUAUCCUUCCAUUCGAUACCGUAGCGAAUGGGACGGUAACGUGGAGCUGGCCCAGAUGAUACAGCGGAAACUGGACGUUUACAAGGCCGAAGAGCCAACGAUGGGUGAAGGUCCAGAGAAAGCCCGUUCUCAACUUCUCAUCCUCGAUCGAGGUUUCGAUUGUGUUUCACCGCUCUUGCACGAGCUAACGUUGCAGGCGAUGGCCUAUGAUCUGCUGCCGAUUGUCAAUGAUGUAUACAAGUUCAGUCCUUCCAAGACUGCGGCUGAAAAGGAGGUACUGCUAGACGAAAAUGAUGAACUAUGGGUCACUCUGCGCCACCAGCAUAUUGCUGAGGUGCUGAAAAGCGUAAGGGGAUACCUCAAAUCGAUCACCGAAUCAAAGAAAAUGCGGCAGAGUGAACAGCAGUCGAUGAAGGAUCUGUCUCAGAUGAUCAAAACAAUGCCUCAGUACCAGAAGCAACUGUCGAUGUAUUCGACCCAUCUGAAUCUGGCGGAGGACUGCAUGACUUCAUAUAAUAAACACGUGGAUAAGUUGUAUCCUGUCGAGCAAGACUUGGCCAUGGGAACCGAUACCGAGGGCGAAAGGAUCAGAGAUCAUAUGCGCAAUAUAUCACCGAUCCUUCUCGAUCAAAGUGUAUCAAACUAUGAUAAAGUGCGAAUCAUGGCACUCUACGUGAUGAUCAAAAAUGGUAUCUCGGAGGAGAAUCUUACAAAAUUGCUCAAACAUUCUCAGAUCGAUCAAAAGGAACGUGAAAUGAUUCACAAUUUGACCCACUUGGGUAUCAAUGUCCUCACAGAUGACAAUCACAAUACCUACACUGUACCGAGAAAGGAACGAGAAAAUACAUACCAGUCACGCUGGACUCCGGUCAUCAAGGAUAUUAUGGAGGAUGCAAUCGACAAUAAGCUAGAUGAACGUCAUUUCCCCUUCCUCGGAGGCAGAAAGAUGAUCGCAGGACAUGCACCAACAGGAAGUGCACGCUUCGGUAACUGGCAGAAGGAGAAGGCGGCCAUUAAGAAUCUACCGAGGUUGAUUGUGUUCGUCGUUGGCGGAUGCAGCUACUCGGAAAUUCGUUGCGCCUACGAAGUAACAGCUGCAGUGAAGAACUGGGAAGUGUACAUCGGUUCGUCUCACAUUCUUACCCCUAAAUCGUUCCUUACCGACCUGGGAUCGCUAAAGAAAGAAUAAGCAGUUUUUAUUACUACGAAUGACCGACAUUACCAUGACGUCAGCUCACUCAACCGAACAGCAUUGCAUUGUGAUGUACGUAUGGGAUCUGAUGCAGACCAGUAAUUCUCAGUCAUACGAAGCUUUUAAAGAAAAUACCCAGCCUUUAUAAUAGUUUUAGGAAUGCGAAGGUGAUGUUCGAUGGAAAAUUUGAAAAGCGGCAUUGCAAUCAUCAAUGCGUCUAGCGGAUAAGGCCAUAUUUACUUCUAUUAAAAAUAUUUCAGUGGAAUAAAAUAAAAAUACCUAAUAAA